GAGGGGAUCAUCCUCUCUCCAUGUUUUUUAUAGUUACUCUUCCUAAUUGUCCUGCUGCUACCUCAUGCACCAGAUAUCCAAGAAAGCUGACAUGGUAAAGUUAUAUACAGCACUGCAGUGACCUCUUUGCAAUGAGGAUGCGUAUCUCUCCAAUAAAGCCCCAGACAAAAUGACAGUGACAGCUGCCUCGUGGCAUUCAGCUUGAAUGGAACAGGUUUGCUCAGAAGUGUCAGUCGCCAGCGUGUCAUGACAGCAUAUAGCACCAAGGAAAACAUCUUUAAGCCCCAUCCUGGAAAAGUGAAACUUCUUUCAGCAGCUGCAGAGGCUGUUUAGCAGGAAAGGUGCUCUUCAAAGUCUUUGCACUUCAUCUUGGGUUGAUCUUCUUUUAUGAACCUCCUGAAAGCUGAAACCUUUUGCCAGGUGUUAGUUGCAGAAGCCCAUAAAACAAAACCUCCCUCAGCAGAAGCAGCAAAGCUGGAGGUUUUAUGGGUGGAAGGAACUCCAAGAGCCAAGAGAAGAAAAGCACGAUGCUGUUGAAGAGGAAUCAGAAGCUACCCCUGUGGGAAGACGCUCUCCUCUCUGGGAAAGACCCAAGAGCACUCCUGAAGCGUGGACUGCAGUAUGUCAGCUUGAGCCUCAUCAUGAAAGGGAUGACAAGGACGCCUGACUUUUUGUGGGGAUUGCCACAGGUCCAGAAACUGAACCUCUCCCACAACCAGCUGGUGGUCCUUCCUCCUGCUUUGGCAAAACUUGACAGGCUGGUGGUGCUGAACCUGUGUGGGAAUCGCAUGAAGUCUCUGCCAAAAGAGAUUGGGCUACUCAGGAACCUGAAGGUUUUAUUUGUCAACAUGAAUUGCUUGACGGAAGUACCGGCUGAGCUCGGACACUGCAAGAAGCUGGAAGUGUUGAGCCUCUCUCACAACUGCAUCUCCCAUCUCCCUUCGAGCAUCACAGACCUGAUAAACCUGCGAAAGCUGAACCUCAGCAACAAUCGGUUCAUUUACAUUCCCCUAAGUGUUUUUGCGUUGCGGAAUUUAGAUUUUCUACAUGUAGGCUGCAACAAGCUUGAAAAUAUUGGAGACAGUAUCCAAUUUCUAGUCAACCUGCAGAUCUUGAUUGCUGAUUAUAACAAGAUUCGCAGCUUGCCAAGGUCUAUCUGCUCAGUCACUGCUCUUGAGCUGCUAAAUGUUGAUUACAAUUCAAUUCAGAUGCUUCCAGAUGAACUCUAUUUGCUGCGCCGAUUGCCAAAAAUUGCUUGGAAUCCAAUGGAUAAAGGGCUACACAUUGUGCACAACCCUUUGUCCAAGCCACUGCCACAGAUUAUAGAUGGAGGACUGAAUGCGCUCUACAGCUAUCUCAAAGAUAAAAACGAGCUCCCAUAAAUGUACACUUUGCUUGGGAUAGACCUGGUGUCCAUGUCUCAACUGAGUUCUUUAAUUUUUUUUGAUCAGUAGCUUUCACUGCACUCAUCAAGAGUUGGAGUAUGGUUGCAAUAUUUUUCCCCCUGAGCAAGUACAUUGACUUUAUACUGACUGUGCAAUGGAUGUAUUUUCCAAAUAGUAUGUAUCCUUGCAGUACUGAGGUAUCCUUUAGGAUGGCAGGGGGUGGGGAGGAACCCCAGGGAUUGACAUAUUUCUCUUUAUUUAGCUGUAAUCAGAUUAAUACAGAGCCAACAGCAGUUUCAGGCUUUUCCCACCUGUCAGACUGCAAUAACAUUAAUAUAAAGCAUAUUGAUGUAGUGUGAUAUGAUGGUCUUGUGAAAUUCAUUGGCACUUUAAACUCCUGUUUAGUGUCUUGUACCAAGUUGGGGCGGGGGGGAUGCUACAGAAAUCCUAACCACAAGAAGCUGAACUGAUUCCUUAGGAAGAAAGCUUGAUCUGGUUACAAAGCAAUGUGUUUUUGUUCCAUGACCUAUACCGCAUUAUCUGUUACUACAUUGUUGCUGUGGUUCAGCCCAAUUAAUUUUCCAGUGUGUUUGAUCCCAGACAAGAAAGUUGCUACCUAAAAAUAUAUUGUAGAAAGAGGUGGUGAAUAAAUCUUGCAGCCACUGAGAAAAAUGUCCAGAAUGGAAACGACUAGUACCUGAAAAUCUUGAAGCAGGGAUUAGGUAACGUACACCACAACAAGUACUUGAUGGAAUGUAUAGUUGCUUGUGAUGUGAGAAGUGUCAAUGGGCCUUGUGCAUGAGAACUGCACAGUUCUCUGCCCAGGUGUAUAGUAAUGGUGAGCCAAAUAGCUAUUUUUAUGAGUAGAAACCUUCUAAGUCAUUACUUGCCUCCUUUCCUAAAAUUUUGGCCUGGGCACAUAUCAUAUGAUGCCUGUCUGAGGUGGUUGUACCUAGUGUCCUUGUGGAAAUGUAUUUCAUGAAUGUUUUCUAAAGAAGCAAUAGGUAAAAAAAAGUCUACCAAAAUGCAGGGCUAUCCUCUCACCUAUUGUAUGGGCUAGGUCCCUAACUGCUAGGAAAAAUGGAAAAGGAAAAAUCUGGCAAUUGACCAGAACUUAUCUAUCUGGGACAGUUGUGAAUAUGAAUACAAGCUUUGGGUAUCUUUUAACUUUUAACUUCAUGACAGCUAUUUAAAAAAGAAAACCUUCACUUCAGAAGCAGGAAUUGGUAUCUGUGAAAUGCACUUUAAAAAAUGAUGUCGUCAGCAGCUUCUGCAGUUUCGGUGCACAAGAUGUAAUGAUGCAGAACGGGGUAUAUUGCCUGAGAAUGUUGUACUAAUGGAAUACCUCAAAAGUGAGCAGGCUGCCCAGAUUGUAGAGGAUGUAAACUUGAUUUGCAUCUCACUUUGGAGCUAUUUGUGAAGGGAAAUUCAGGAGUCCUAAAUAUACUUCUUCAGCAGUUUCUUGUUCCCUGGAUGCAAUUAAGGAGAAAGAGAAGGUAUAUGAGACUGAGGAAUAGUAUCUGCAAAAAAAGAAAGAAAGAAAAAGGUGUCGUGUAAUUAAUCAACUCAGGUUGCAACCCCUCUGCACACUUACUGGGGAAUAAGCUGCAUUGUACUCAGUGAUACUCACAUCAUACAUAGGAUUGAAUUGUCAAUGCCUGAUUAAUGUAAUAUACAAUACAAAAAUCCACUGGGUAUUUUGCUAUAUAUUUGGGGCACAAUGCCACCAAAUUCAGCACAUUGUAAAUCUGAUUGAUUUCAAAGUCAAAUAUUUCAUCACUGUCUCAUUGAAAUCAGUGGGGCUUAAAAUAGUUUAUCUUUGGUUGGGUUCCCUUAAUAUCUCCUUUACGUCUCUUGUUACAAAACAUAUAGAUCUGGAUGUAUUUGGGUUUUUAUGCCUCUGUAUCCUGAAAUAAACAUACAGUGAGCUAGUACAUUUAAUAUAUAGCAAAGGGAAAACACACACAAACUUGAAGGCUGAUGGACUGAGAAAUGGGUUGAGAAAACUCUUGAGUGUUUUGAUAGAGUUUCCUGGUAGCACUUAUGUCAGUGCAACAAAUGACAAUGAAGGUGGUGAGUCCUAUGGCAAACAAGCCCUGUGGGGCACAACUGAAGGAACUGGAUAUGUUCAGCAUGAAAAAGAGAAGUGUAAGGGGAAACAUGGCAGCAAAUACCUGAAGUGUUGCCACAUGGAAGAAGGCAAAGACUUGAGUUCUGCUGCCUGAAAGAGACAUAGCCAACUUAAUGGGCUUAUGUUGGGAUAGAAGAUUUUGGCUGAAGAGAAACUUAUUGAGAGUAAGAGCAAUUCAACAAUGGAACCAACUCUCUCUCUCUCUCUCUCUCUC